CAACCCACUUUCAGAUAGUCACGUGACCGACGCCAUCUCGUCCAAUUUGGAGUAGCCGCUACACAAAAGAAAUAAACAUGGAUAUGCCAACAAAUGAGCAUGACAAUUACGAACAAAGCAGCCCAAAUGAUAGGUAUGAUGGAACAACGGAACGAUUCAAUCAGGACAACGAUAGGUCACCAGAAAGAUCAAGGUCACGUUCACCAGUAAGACGCUCAGGAUCAAGGUCGCCGAGAAGGGACAGCAGAGACAGACCAAGACGCAUUAAUCUCAUUUCCAAACGAUGCAUCAUCAGCAAUGUUCCCUACGAAAUGAAGUGGCAAGACAUCAAAGAUAUGUUCAGAAAAGAAGUUGGAGAAGUCUCCUAUGUAGAAAUGUGGGAGAACCCAGAUGGAAAGUCCAGGGGAGCAGGUAUCAUCGAGUUCAAGGAUAAAGACACAGCCAGGAAGGCAAUAGAAGUGAUGCACCGGUAUAAGAUGAAGGACAGAAACAUUGUCGUCAGAGAAGAGCGAGAGAGUGACCAGAACCAGAUAGGAGCGGCCAGAGGAGGCAGUGGUGGGGGAAGUGGUGGAGGCGGCUCAGGAAUGAUGGGCAGCGGGCCUGGAAUGAUGGGAAACAUGGGGGGCGGAGGUGGCAGCGGCGGCAUGAUGGGAAAUAUGGGUGGUGGCGGUGGAGGAAACAUGAAUGUGAGCCAGCAGGUUCUGAACCAACUUGGCAUCGAAGGACCCGUCACCAACACAUUGUUUGUGUCCAAUCUGGACUACAAGGUAACCUGGAAGAAGAUGAAGGAUGUGUUCAAGCUGGCAGGAAAUGUCCUUAGGGCAGAGAUCAAGCUGGACAAAGAUGGAAAGAGUCGUGGAUUAGGAACUGUGGUGUUUGAGUUCCCCAUGGAGGCUCUCCAGGCUAUCUCUAUGUUUAACAACCAGACACUAUUUGACCGACCAAUGAGGGUGAAGAUGGAUACCCCACCAGGUGGCUCUAAUGGAGGCAGACCAUCCCAGGUCCAACUUCCAAGUGGAUUGAAGUCGGUUGGAUUGGGUCUCGGGGCCGGUGGCCAGCCACUACAGAAUAUUGGACAACAGAUGGGCUCUGGAGGAGGGAAUAGUUAUGGGAUGGGCGGUGGGUCCAUGGGGAUGGGUGCAGGUGGUAGCAGUAUGGGUAUGGGAGGAAGUGGCAUGGGUAUGGGUGGUGGAAUGGGAAUGGGAGGUGGUAUGGACAACAGUAUGGUGGGUAUGGGAGGCAACAUGGGCACUGGAAUGUCUGGGAUGGGCAACAUGGGUUCCAACAUGGGGAUGGGAGGCAACAUGGGAACAGGCAUGAGCACCAACAUGGGAAUGGGCAUGGGAACAGGUAUGUCUGGCGCCGGAAAUAUUGGCUCCAAUAUGGGCAUGUCCGGUGGCAUGAGCGACAACUUCUCCAGCAGCAUGGUGUCCGGGAACAUGGGCAACACUGGUUACAACACCAACACUGGUAUGGGAACAAGUCUUGGAGACCAACUCCGCGGUAUGAGCAGCAAUAUGGGCAGCGGCAGUUACAACACCGGCAUGAUGGACUCUAUGGGCGGCGGUUCUUCUGGGAACAUGGGCAAUAGUAGCUUCAAUUCUAUGGGUAGUUCAUUCAGCUCCUCCGACCGUUCUGGCCAGCGUGACCGUGACCGCAGUAGUGACCGAGGAGUUGACCGUGGGGGUAGAAACCUUGGUACCCGGCCAGACAACUGUACAGUGGUUGUGAAAAAUUUACCUUGGUCACUGACAUGGCAGUCCCUGAGAGACAAGUUUAGGACAUGUGCUGACGUGAAAUAUGCUGAAAUAAAGAUGGAGAAUGGUAAAUCUCAAGGCUGGGGACUUGUCCGAUUCGGUUCCGCUGAAGAUGCUCAGAGAGCAAUAUCUGCCAUGAACAGGACGAGAGUAGACGGGCGUGAAGUGGAUGUCAAGCUCUACCGCUGAAUGACGGUACUGCUUGCACAUACAAACUGGUUUCUCUUUGGUGGUCCGUGAUCACUGGCAUUGACCAGUUGGCAGUUUGGGAUUUAUUAACUUUUGUGUCAUCAGUUGUUGAUGUUUGUCGGUAGUUUCAUGGGUUUUAGUUACGUUCUGUUGUGACCUCUGCCAGGGCAGGUUAUGAUUCGAGACUAAGAUACCCUAUAUCUACAUAAGGUAUUGUUUGAUGCAGGAAGGAUUGGAACUCUGGUCACACAAUAGAUACAUCAUUCAUUGAGCCAUGGACUUCUGUAGUAAUAUUGAACCCUGAUUUGAAAGUUGUGCAUAAAGCUGACUUCGCUCAUGGCGUGAUCAUCAUUUUAAUUGUUAUGUAGUAUCAGUGGUGCUUUACUGAUGUCGAUAUCCUUGUCUUGUCACUCUGGUCUUCGUGUAAUCAUGCAUUAUCAAUAACAUGCUUUCGUAUUUGUCAUCAUCAUUCAAUAAAAAAAAAGUCUGUUUGUAGGUUUGAGUUUUAUUUUUUUCUUCUUACACAGUUGGUACUUGACAUACCCAAUAUUGUGCACUCCAUAGAAUGUAUGGGAUUGAAGCUACCUGCUGAUUUCAGUUGAUGGAAAUCACAAAACUUCAAGCAUGUGGCAUUAUAAUCGUUUGAUACAUGUACAAUGUGCAAAGAUCAGUGGAUUAUUUUCAUAACUUUGUUGUAUUGAAACAGUGUUUGACCUUUAUUGUCUGUGUCGUUUGAUUGCAGAUUGUUAUCAAUUAUGAGAUUGUUCAUUUGUCUUUCCAUGAGAAAAUUGACAGAUACUGGUAUGUAAGAUGUUCCAUAUUUAUAAGUUUGAGAUAUUGUGAUAAAAAAUUGUGUGCUUUGAGAGAAAUUCAAUUUCUGUCUCUAUUUUUGCUUGAAGGAGGAAAGGGAAAUACAUUUUAUUUAUUUAUUGUAUAUUAUUACUUUUUUGAAAUGUUAAAUAUCUAUAUCAUUGUAGUAAAAUAGCUGAAAUCUUCACAAAGCAGAACCUUAUUUUUGGUAUAAACACUAUUUUCUAAUUUGAUCAAACAAUGUGGCAUAGAUGGAUAUAUUUCCUUCAAAUUCUGUAGACUAUAAAAUCUUAUUGUUGUGUUACUGAGCUUGAUUGUACUAGUUUGAUCAGAUCCUAAAUUUGUUUUAAAAAAUGUGAAUCUUUGUGUAUACAGGUGUGUGUUAUCCCUUCAAAAAUGAUUGAAAAGUGAUUUGAUAUAAGAAAUAUCUUAUCUUUCGAAAAACAAAAACAGUAAUAAAAAAUGCUCUUGAAUUUGAAACCUAGGUGAGGUGAAGGGUGAACAAAUUUUUAAAUCUUUCGCUGACAAAUUGUGUGAACCAUUUCGUACAGCAUUUUGUGUAGUAAAAGUGAAUGAGUAAGUUUGGUUUUGAUGCCGAUGUGCUGGAAAUGUGACAUGAUGCUUGCAGUAUUACUAUGUUGGUAUGUGGCGUUUUGCGACGAAGGGAUUUCUCUUGGAUUUACUGGCAGCGUACAGGAAUGCGGGGUUGACGAUGUCUGCUGAGCUGGCCUGUGUUUUUAUGGAAAGUCUGUGUGACAGACAUUUGUUUGCAGAGUUUUCCAGUUUUGUGUGGUAUCAAUGCUCCAGGAGUACAUGAAGAUUUCACAGGUGUAACAGUGUCCCCAUUACAGGUGUUGGUACUUGUAGGGGUCUGUUCAGUACAGGUAUUUCAUUGGAAUUAUUACUGGUAUUGAAUGUGAUGCUUUUGCUUUAAAAUUCAUUUUUUCAUGUCUUUUGUAUUAUAUUUGUGAUAAACUGGUUUAAAAUCUUCACUAAUAUAUGAUGGGUGGUUUUUGUUAAACUUUUCGGAAAAGAAUUCAAAUAUGAAUGGGAAAGAAUCGUCAAUGAUAUCUUUGUUUAGUUGUGUGUCCUAACUUUCCAAUCUGGAAAAAAACAAAUGUGGAGAAUCUGAAUUUGUAUGCAUGAUGUGAAUUGUAGUCCUGUGUCUCUAGCUGAACACUAAAAUGGAAUGUGUUUUGAGAAAAGUUAUUGGUGAACUCGCAAUACCAAGAGUUUCACCCACUUGUGUACUGGAGUUUAGAUUGGGUUGGGAUCGGAACAUUUUCCCCUAUUUUGGUGCUGGGUGUUUUGCUCAAAAUUGGCCUGUUCUUUGUUCGAUAGUAAAUUGAUGUUGUGAUCACACUCCUUUUACAAGAAGUGUCUUGUUUUGUUAACUGUUUGCUAUUUUCAGUGUUGAAUACUUUGAAGUAACAGGAAGUAACCUUUGACCUUUGAGUGUAACCUUUGAGUAACAACUGUAUACAAACGGCUCUCCCAGGAUGAUCAGACAGAUGGAGUGAAGAUAUCCAUGGAAACACUGUUGAAAUGUUUUUUUGCAAAUUUUGAUUGUGUGGCUUAUUAUUGAUUGAUAUUUUGAGUUUUUACUUGGGAUCCAAUCAUUAGGACUCUACUUGCAUAUAUGGUUUGUGUGUCAGUUGUGAAAAUUGUCACUUGUUUUCUGUGAUCAAAACUUCUGUUUCUGAAUUGUGGAAAAUAAAUUUAUGAAAGUUAAAUUUCUAGGAAACUUUAAUAUAUAAUCCUGUUUGAAGGAAAAUAUGCUUUGUCUGGUGAAUUGUAUUCUUUUUAAAUAUUUCAAGAAAAAAGUGUUGAACUAAUAUUCCAUUUGUUUUGAAAGUCGUUACAAAUUUGAGAUUAUUAAAACAUAUCAUGAGUGUCACAUGAGACUUAAUACUACAGAUAUUUUUAUCAAAUGUCAUUUAUUCUUGCCAGGCCUAACUGAGACUUGAGUCUAGUAAUUACGUCAACACGUGUACAGUGCGAACAGCGACAUGUCUUAGCUAUGGCCCAACUGUGGGCUGCCUAUAUUGAGCAUGACUUACGUCUACAUCUACAUCUACAUGGUGUGAUCUAGACAACUUCUCGAGCCCUGUCAGAGCAACACUACAAAUUGUGUUCACUAUGUACACGCUAUACAGUCACAUGGUAUUCUGAAUUACUGAAAGUCACGAACGUGUGCAUGGUAUGGAGUGGACAACCCAAUGAAGGGCUGUAAAUGUGGAAUCUGUUAGACCAGCCAGGACUGCCUGGUGAAGCCAGUAAACAUGCAAGUGUGGACAUUCCAAAUAUGUCAUGUAAAUGUGCAGGAACGUUGUGGACAUCCUAAGCAGGACUUGUCAAUGUUUAUACUGUGGCUAUAUUUCUUCUUGUGAAUGUAUUGAGCACCUUUAGACAUUCAAAUAACCACUACAGCAUGAAGAAAACAUCUUUCGAUGUGUAAAUAAACUGUAAUUGUCAUUGACAGUCAGUUGGAAUGCUAAUACUCAUGACAUGACAACGAUGUGGAUGUCCUCAGAUGGUUUCAAAAAGCCAGUAUUAAAGACUGAAAUGAUGACUUAC